UAUAAUAGUUAUUGUAUAAUAAUGUUACAUAAAACAUUAAAAAUCAUUUAAGUAAAAUUAAUACGUAUUAAGUAAAAUUAAUACGAAUAACGAUAUUUAAAUUAAUUUUUAUUUCUUUUAUAAAUAUAAAAUUAAAAUAUCUUAAAAAAUAUUCUUAAUAAAUAAAUAAAGUGUGUAUAUUAUAAUUAAUUUAGCGUAUUUCAAACAUUAUAAAAUAACGGUAUUAAAAUUGCAGUAAGUAGAUAGAAAAAUAUACAUCAAGGUGUAAAGUAUUAUUAUAUUAUAUUAUAAAGUUAUUAUAUAUAAAUUUAUAUAUACACUUUAGUUAUAUUCAUUAGAUUAAUAGUUUAUUUUGAAAAAAAAAAUUAUAAUUUUUUAAUUAAACAAGAUAAAUUUACCAGAAUGCUAUUUAUUAGUUCAAUCUGUGUGAUAAUUAUAAGUUUCAUUUACUAUAAUCUACGACGAAAGCCUCUUCUAAUCGAAAGUUUUAUUUGCGAGAUAAAAUAUUUUUUAUUAGUUAUUAAAGAAUUCACAAAUGAUUGGAUAAAUGUAAAAAAUAAUAAGAAUGAUUAUUUACCUCAGACAGGAAGGAUUGCAAUCGUAACAGGAGGAUCCAGAGGAAUUGGAUUUGAAGUGGUAAAAGCAUUUUUAGAACUUGAUAUGGAAGUGAUAAUUGCUUGUAGAACACCUUUUGCAGGUGAGAAAGCUAUUCUCCAAAUUAGAAAAUCUGGUAUUAAUACUGGUAAAGCAAAAAUAUAUAAACUUGAUAAUUCAUCUUUACAAUCUGUAAAACAAUUUGCUACAGAAAUAAAAAAAGAUUACAAACAAAUUCACAUUUUAAUUAAUAAUGCGGGUGUUAUGUUUUGUCCUUAUCAAGAAACAGUGGAUAAUUUUGAACAACAAUGGGCUGUAAAUUAUUUGUCACAUUUUUUAUUAACAGCUGAACUUUUACCAUUAUUAAAAGCUGGUGGACUUCCUGAACAAUGUAGUAGAAUUGUUAAUGUUACUUCUUGUGCUCAUCUUUUAGGUAAAAUUAAUUUUAAUGACAUUAAUAAUAGAAACAAAUUCCUCACUAAAUAUGCAUAUGCACAAAGUAAAUUAGCACAAGAAAUAUUCACAAAAGGCCUACAAAAUCUUUUAAAAGAAAAACAGUAUCAUAUACAAGUUUAUUCUGUACAUCCUGGAUUAGUAUUUACAGAACUUUUUAUACAUUGCUAUGUUUGGAAAUAUAAAUCAUUUUAUCAAUAUAUUUUUAAGACUCCCAAACAAGGAGCUAUAUCUAUUAUAUAUGCAGCUGUAAAUAAAACAAUUGAAAACUGUGGUGGUAUAUAUAUUAAUAAUUGUCACUCCAGUCAGGCUCAUUCAGAUGCGUCGAAUUUAUCUAUUCAAAAAAAAUUAUUUGAUUUAUCCCUUCAACAAGUACAGCUAAAUGAUUUUUUUCAUUAUAUACAAUGAAAAUAUAAAUGUAUAUUUAUUAUUUAAAUAAGUUAUAUAAUAAUGUAGUAUUUUGCAGUAUUUUUGUAGUGUAUUUUAAUGUAGUAUUUUUGUAGUAUAUUUUAAUGUAGUAUUUUUAAUUUUUAAUAUAUAUAUAUAUAUAUAUAUAUAUUUAUUUAUAUAUUUAUAUAUUUUUGAAAGGAAUAAUUUUUAAAUAAAUAUAUAUUUUUUCAAUUUA